AUGGCCGGCCAGGGUUCGCCACUAAUCGCUCUCCGUACCGCCGUUCUCGAUCCAGACCAUCCCUUCACUGAAAUCAAUCCUCCAUUUGCUGGCUCAGAGGGAUAUCUCGGUUUCAAGGGAGUUCGACUGGGUGUAGGUCCAGAUGGACACGCUUUCUACGACUGGGUUUACGCCUUUUCGACUGCUGCCGAUGCCUCCUCUGCCCUGGUGGACCACCCUUAUAUCACCGUCGCAGGCCACCAAUACAAUCUUUUUCCUUACCACGGAGACUCUACUGAACCUCAGUCCGAGCUCUUUGAACCUGGCCGCACACGAAACCCCGUAGCACUUCCUCCACCUCCAGCAUCAGACAUCUCCCCUCCUCGGAAGCGCCUCAAGAAAUCGCCGCCCAACAAGAAGAUCGUCUGCAAAAUCUGCUUUGGCGAUAUCGAUGGGCCCUAUUCCACCCCUUGUCGACGGUGUAAAGAAGCAACAUGUUACGAGUGUCUCAGGACCCAAUUCCGAACAGCCAUGAAAUAUAUCGACAGGAUGCCCGUCAUGUGCUGCGCCAUCGUCAUGCACCACGAGGUCGUACGUGGAAUCCUUCCGACAGCAGAAGUCGAAAGAUACAAGCAAAAGUUCGACGAAUUUAACACCAUUGAUCCUCUGUACUGCCCCGUGCCAACCUGCUCGGCUUUUAUCCCUCCUCGAAUGUUCAAUCAAACCGAUAGGACGGUCACAUGCCACGUCUGCAAGACUGCUAUCUGCGCAAAGUGUAGACAGAGUGCCAAAGGCGAGCAUGUUUGCGCAGAAGACGAAUCUCGACAAUUCAUUCUGAAGACAUACGAAUACAAGGUCUGCCCCAAGUGCGGAACUGGCGUUAUGAAAAUGUUUGGUUGUCCUCACAUCAGGUGCCAAUGUGGCGCGCACUGGUGUUGGGACUGCCAACGACCAAUGAAUGCCUGCUAUCAAAAGCCUUGUAGUGCUGCCAGAGAUGAUGGCGUGCACUCGGAAGGAGGAGAUGAAGAGCCCGAGUCUGAGCACGAAGAGGAGGAUGAAAUGGGUGCUUCUUCGUCUGGUCCAGAGCCGCGUGGGAUAAACGAUGGUACGCAAGUGCAGGCGCCACAAGAUCCUAUCCUUCUCCGCAGCACCGCCAAUACCCAGGAUGAGGCUCAAGAUACAACGGUAGACCAAGCUGCAAGCAGGGGACCGCCAGAGCUUAUGAACACCCAGGAUAACCAGAAUGGUACGCAGGCCCUGCAAACAGACCAGCCUGCAAGCGAGCCAACAGUUGCCGAAGAUACAGCAGCCGCGUCGCCUGAGAAUCUGGACAAUCCGGACGAAAAUGACUGGGAAGGAGUAAGCCUGAAUUUUGGUGACGAGCCGACGGACGAGGCUUGGGAUACAUGGGGAUGUCGACACCACUUCCGAGCUUUUGGAAAGGACCGCAUACCUGAAUUCUGGUUGGUCGAUGCGACUCCUGCAGAAGACCCAGACUUGCGAGUGGAAUGUAUGGGCUGUUUCAACAAGGUCAAAGUCCCGGACGGGGAAGCUAAGAAUCCAGGACUUCAGGAUAAAUCGUGCCAUCAAACGCCUUCCACAACCAGCCAGCCAGCCAUGAGUGACGCUGUGGAAGAGGAGGAGCGUCGAACCAAAAAGUAUGACUGGAAAUCGCAGCCUUUGUCCGAAUGUACCCUUUGUGGGAUUAUCUACUGCCGUCCGUGCACGAAGGCAGCAAGGAAGAGGAUGGCAAGUGAACGCGCGGCACCCGACUCCGGACAGCAAUGA